UAUCCUUGACAUUACGCUAAACGGUCUGGCAGCUCUUUAAUAAAUAAUCAAUCGGAGACUUUAUAUAUAUUAAAGUGGAGACACAUAUAUUAAAUGGGGAAAAAUAAGAAGCGAGAGAAAAAAUCUAAAAAACAUAAACAUAAACACAAGAAAAGUAAAAGUAAACAUAUUAAGGUUAAAAAGGGGUCCAAAGAGUCGGAGCCAAAUCCUUUAGAUGUUCCUAAAGAUGAAAGCGGGGAUGGUUUCGAAAUACCAGUGGAGUUAAUGAAUACAAAGUCACACACACCUGUCACACCAGAGGAAUAUGAAAAGCGGCAAAGUGAAAUGCGUCGUGUUGUCGAUCCUAGUACAGGACGUGUGCGUCUCAUCCGCGGGGAAGGCGAAGUCAUGGAAGAAAUUGUCAGUAAAGAGCGACAUGCUAAAAUUAAUAGCUUAGCAACUGAAACAGAUGGACUCGUUUUUCAAAAGAAUACUAUCGGCACAAUAAAAAAACUUAAGAAAUAAUUACUAAAU